AUGGCAGAAGGAGCUCACGGAGAAGAUGAUGCGAAGGACACGAACCAAUCGUCGUCCUCGAAAAGCAGCUCGAAUUUGAUGCUCGAACGACAACGACAGAAACAGAAACCGUUUUCCCCGACGAGAAGUACGACUCACAACGGGAGAAGUAAAAGAAGGAAAAAAACGAUGAUAGAUGCGUCCGCGUUACCGAGCGCUCGUUUAUACCAGUCCUUUUCGGAUUGGAAAUACAUCGCCACGUUUGCCUCGGUCGCGCUCGUCGUGGUGACUGUAUUCUUUAUCUAUCUCUCUUUAGCCGCGUGGACGAGGUGCACGAGAAACAUCACCUCAGAGUUACAAAAAGAGAAAGGGCGAGAGGAAUUGGUGAAGACGUGGUUGACGUGCACGUACGCCAGGGAAGUUGGAAACGCGUACAAGCCGUGGAAAUGGGACGAUUUUGCGGUGCUGUUCGUUCGCUUGUGCAUGCUUUCGCAAUUCGGCGAGGUUGUGUUUCACCAGAUGGUCGGAUGGCACGUCUCGAGGUUUCGAAAUUGGCGAACGAAGACGUGCGUGUACUCGUUCGGUUUAUAUAAUUUGACGUACUUCGGAACGAUAGCUAUUCUUGGAUUUUAUCAUCAAUACACGCAAUACGCGUGUUAUUAUCUCUUUGGCAUUCUCAUGUGGAGUGGGUUAUCGGCGUUUGAUUUUUGGUCCACCAAAGGCAUUUCCUACGGGUUCGUGUAUAUUUAUUUGAUGGCAAUUAUAGGAAAGAACGUGGUUGAAUUUUUCUUAAUCGUCAUGAGCGACCAAUCGGUAUCACCGAUGAUGAAACUGUUCAUUCGGUUUGGUUUAGACCCGAUUUUCUGGGAGCUCGUGAGAGGAGCGGAAAGGCAUUUCGCGCGUUUGAAUCCAUCGCCUGGGCCGUGUUUGCAAAUUCCGUAUUACCUCUCCUUCGCGUUGCAACAGGCGUUUUUUUCGAGGUACGUGAUGUUCCUCUUAGCCGCAGACGGGACGGUGAAAUCGAUGGCUACCGUACAAACGAUUCUUUCCUUGCACGAACUCAUGAUUGCACUGACGACGAAAGAUCGCGACAAGUAUUUAGCCCGCGCGUUUUUAGGCAAACAAACCGCCGAGGCGUUGUUGACGACGCAAAAGCAACACGAUAUUUUAGCGAUGAACUCCAUCAUUUCCGCGUUUGCGGAGAUAGCGGCUAUCAUCGUCAUCUCUAUUUACUUGUACAUAUUUCGAAUGGCUAAAGUUGGGAACGAGUCUAUCGUUUCUUUUAAAAGUUACGCGAUUCAAGCGGUCAAUUUGAUUGCGAUUGAAAUCGCGUUGUCCUUUUUGACCGUGUACGUCCAACAACGUUUUCACGGCAUGCGACAUAAGCGCAUGUUUCCGAAAAUCAAGAAGAAGAAGAAGAACAACAACGAUAUAAACAACAAUAACAAAAGAAGGAGUGUUAAAGAAGGAAAUACGAAGAAACAACAGCAAUGGUUUGGGGGCGUUCGAAGGUUUCUCGAGCAGCCGCCGUAUGCGUUUUACGUCUUCAUUUGGGUCGGCGUCAUGCUCAUCCAUAAAAUCACCACGUACUUGGUCGGCGGUCAAUUUCAUCGGUAUUUGUGCCCGCGAGUGGACGAACGCGACGGGUCUAUAUACACGUUUCAAUGCACCACCGAGGAUCUGGAUUUAGCCCCAGGCGGAUUCUAUUUCAACAUGCGCGGGUUUAUGAUUCAAAUGAUUGACUUUCCAGUCGCGAAUAACGAGGAACGGUUUUAUCGAAACACUUCGCAAAGUUGGGCGUAUAACAAGAACCACGACGGUUAA